AACACGAGCGUUAUUAAAUUCUGCUGCCUGCAGGGCUGCGGCAAGAUCCACAGGUUCCGGCCUACGUGGGGUUCGUUAGACACCAGAUACUUUCCAAGACUUUUGAGAGUAAGUCGUCUAAAAUGUCAGAGGUAAUUAGUAUCCAUAGUGACAGCUGCGCGCACGUCAAGACAUCCGUUGGAUACAUCUAUUCACACAGCGGUCUUGCAUAGUGGUUCGGAGUCUGGAGAGACUGCAGCAACACGAAACGACGUUCAGGGCGGGAAGAUGGGUGGAGAGGACACACAGCUCGUGUCCAACAUCACCUACAAUGCCACGACACUGGAGGUGUCUCUACAGGCCGGUUCCAUCGGGUUGUUCAUGGUGCUGGCUACGGUAGCUAACGCACUGGUGGGGACCAGUAUCUACCUGAACCGGAGCCUGCACACCAUCUCCAACAUGUUCAUCGGCAAUCUGGCCACCGUGGACUUCAUGUCAGGACUUCUGGUGUUCCCCUUCGUUCUGGUCGCCGCUAUUAACCAGAGCUGGUUAGUUGGCCGCUGGAUGUGUAAGAUCAACGCGUUCCUGACUCACGUCAACUCCUCCACCAGCCUCCUCACACUCGCCUGUAUCGCCUUUGACAGAUAUCAGGCGGUGUGCAACCCGAUGUUCUACCACAACAGGGCGACCAAAUCCAUGGCGCGCAAGGCCAUCGUCAUGUCCUGGGUCCUGUCCAUCAUCCUCAGCAGCCCCGUGCUGUUUGGUAUCGCCACGGAGUUUGACCAGGCCCGGUGCGGCUGCGUCACCAGUCGCUUCGACUUCUCUACCUACACGUACUGCCGGGCCUUCCGCAUGGCCACGGCCAUCGGGCCUGUUCUGGUCAUCUGCUUCUGCUACUGGCAAAUCUUCGCGGUGGUGCGGAAGCAGUGCCGCGCCAUUAACCAGCUGCCGGGCACGGACAAGCAGGCCCGUCUGCGCGUGACGGAGGCCAAGGCUGCCCGCAUGCUCGGCGUGGUGAUCAUCGCGUUCGUGGUGUGCUACAUCCCGUUCACCGUGGUGCUGAUGGUCGGCAAGGAGAAGGUUCCCCCCGUCUGGCAGACUGUGGCGCACUGGAUGUCUUACAGUUCUGCCGUGCUCAACCCAAUCUCGUAUGGACUGCAGGCACGCGAGAUCCGGCGAGGUUUCGCCAAGUUUCUGCCCAGCUUCUGCUCCGGCGAAGCUCGUCGCGGCUCGAUUGAAACGGCUGAAACCGGAGGAAACCGCCUGAAGGAUGACCGAGAGAUAAAGCCGAACCCGGUCUUCGCCUUUGAUGGAAAAAUCAACCCGGACGACAUUAUCAUCGACGAACAGUCGCCACCCAAGAAGGCGAGCUCCAGUUCCCAGGCCUCCACUCUGACGGGCGAGUCGGUGAAGAGUAACAUCUACGUGCGGAAGGUGGUGAUCACCAACCCGACUGUUUACUACCGCUGUUCGGCUCCUGAUACUGUAUCACUCCGCCCUAAUCCUGACGGCAUCAGCCUCUCCUCGAGCGACGAACACGAGUCGGACUUCCACCCGUUCGACCCGUGGCGCCCGUCCACGUCCACCCUGGGUGAGAACUGCGCACGCUCACCCGAGGACAUCUUCACCAUCACCAUGGCAACCACACGGAAGAACGAGAGCAGGAGGAAGUUCCGUGAUGCAGUGCGGAAGAUCCUAUUGGCCAGAAGACUGCGCUGUCAGAAGGCAAAACCAGGCCAGCUGUAUCCGCCGAGCCGCCGGGACCAUCUAGGCCCGGCCUCCACCACCGACCUGCCCGGGCACAAGAAGGUGGUGACCGACCGCUGUCCGUACCUGGUCCUGCUGGAGAAAACUAACGGCACGGGCUCCGACCGGGACCACGUCUGAACAACCGGCCAACGAUGUGCUGGGACGGGAGGGUAGUAGGGCUGGAGAAAGUUUUUAAAAAGGGCUUUGUGAAAAAGACACUGCCCCGGAGAUUAAAGAUGUUUGUACGUGUGUAUUGCUAUGUAGAGGUAAGUGAGAUGUGUAACACCCUUAAACGAUGAAAUCACACAGGUAGCGUUCUAGAGAUCAGUCAUGGUAGACGUGAAAUAUUGUCGUAAUGUACAUGCAUAUAGUUUGACAUCAUCAUCACAUCAUAUAGUGUAACAGUAGUCAGUAGGUGAAUACUUCGUAGUAUAUCUCCGUAGUAACAUCAUGGUGAGAUUGCAUUACGAUUAUUAUCGUCUAUAUGAUGAAAGUUAUGGAGAACUGAGUGUUUUUGUACCUGGCUUUUGACACGGAAUGUUAUCGUAAGAAAAUGAGGCUAUUUUGAGAUGUAGAAAUGAGCUCACUACAUGUACAUGGUUGGAUUAUAUACCUACCAGAAUAGUUUGUAUUUUCGAAGGAGAACGGGGCAUUAUAUUUGAAAUAUUUCUAUUAGCUAUAUGUGAUAAAGCUGGGUAUGUGAUAGAAGGCUAGGUAGUUUGUGUGUGGACAUAAGUACUCCCAUUCCAAGUCCAAGGUCAGCGGGGACUGGAAACACCUCUAUCCUCCUUGUCAUCCCCAAGUCUAGAUUUCCAUUUUAAAAGUCCCCAUCCUUAUAUUCAAGAGAGACAACAAGGGCGACGA